ACUCCGCCUCCAUGCUUAGUGCAAAGCAUCCGCUAAGCAUCUCGAUCCGAUUGCGACACCUCAACGCGAUUCGAGGAUGUAAAUUUGCUGUCACAUAUGCCGAUCGGGAGGCUAUCUCAGCUGCUUUGUUUACCUUUUUCGCCGCUCUGCAUCAUGGUUCUGUGGUGCUGUUCGAGAUGGAAGUUCACUUGUCCGGGUUAGUUUUACUGGAUGCAGAGUUCUACGAUUUGCACUCAGUUAGCUCACACAGUAAUCAGGUUUACUUCCAGUUUGCUAACGGAGUGUACACCUCUCCUCUAUACUUUCGGACGGAGGCUGGGACAUCACCUGUCCAUUCGUGGUCAAGCUUUAAAACAAGCCCCAGAAUCUCAUACGAUUGGAAUACCAUACAAAAGUUUAUACUCUUCUCCGAAUUCGCAAAAGCUCAGUUGCAUCUUAUGAAGUCUGAGACGGAGAUGAUGCUACGGUUGAAAACCUCUUUGUCCGAGAUUUUAGCCACGGAAACGAAACGGGAGGUAUCCCGUAUUGAAAUGAAGUUGUUGGAGUACCGUUUGCGCACAGCACAAUGCGCUCAAAGUGCCCUGUAUUCUAAACUCAACCAGCUCUCCAAGGAACGUCGACUUGCGGAGGACAAACUAUACCAUACUCGCCAAGCGACCUGUUUGCUCCAAAAUCAAUACGACAGCUUUUCGAAGUCAAUCUCGGACGCCCGAUCUCGCUUGUCUCAGAUGGACCACGUUUUAUAUCGUCGAACCGUCAUACUUCUGCGCGAAAUGAUCGACCUCUUCGAUGAACAGUUGUUUCUGUUCGAACCCAAACGAGGUGGAGCGGUCGCACUGGACAAAUCUGAGGACAUUGAGUAUUCUCAUGCCGCAGACUUGUCUCCACCUGAUACAACUAGCCUCUCAUUCGGGAUCGGCCAGACAAGCAACAGCGCAUCACAACAAUCUCAUACCAACUUGACAGAGCUGACUCCCGUCCCACAAGAUCUUCGACUGCCAUCAGCUUCGUCGGAGACCACCGACGCCCAUUCCCUAGCUAUCGGUUCAGGGUUUGUCGCCUACUUACUUCGAGUUUUAUCCGCUGUGUUGAACCAGCCCCUCCGGUAUCCGGUGGACAUUCGCGAUGGAUUUUCAAGGGCUAAAAUUGUCGAUCGAUUAGCACCGGAUUUAAUUGAAGCUGAACGGAGUUUCCCGCUGUACUUGCCACGGAGUUCGCUGCUCACAUCAUACAAGCACGCGUUGUUUCUAUUGAGUCGGGACUUGACCGCGCUUCGAGCGAUCUGUGGCUUUGGCACUUCCAACGAUGACGCCGUGGUGCACAACUUCCGAACUCUCUUGAGGCAAUGUGCUUCCAAUCAAUCCGCGGUGCGAUUGACGUGAUUAGGUCGCAAUGUGAACACUCAAUACUCUCAGUUUGAUUUUUAUUGCAUCUUUAUCCGGUGAUCACAUCUAUUCCGUUUUUCUAUUCUUCCAUUUCGAUUUUCGGUUUAUUUUUGAGCGUGGCUUUUCUCCUAUGUUGCAUGCGGUUCAAACCGUACGUCAGCUUUCUCCCAUUGCUUUUAACUGCAUGUGGACAAUGAGCAACGAAUUUAUACGGGUUAAGAAGCACUGC